AAAUGUAAAGCAUCUGGCAAAGCCUUUAAAUGUCAUUCAUCUCUUAAUGUACAUAAAGGAAGAAUUCAUACUAUUGCAAAAUUAUACAAACUCAUGGAAAAUGGAGCAGACUUUAGUCAAUCCUCAAGACAUACUGAACAUCAUAGAAAUCAUACGGGAGAAAUGUCUUGUGAACGUUUAGAAUGUGGGAAAGCUUUUAGCUGUCCCUCAAACCUUAUUUUGCAUCAGAGAGUUUCUACUGGAGAGAAACCUUAUAAUUGUGGAGAAUUUGGCAAAUCCUUUAGCUGGUCCUCAACCCUUACUCUGCAUCAGAGAGUUCAUACUGGAGAGAAGCCUAUGAAAGGUAGAGAAUGUGGCAAAUCCUUUCGCUGGCCCUCAUUGCUUACUCUGCAUCCGAUAAUUCAUACUGGAGAGAAGCCCUAUGAAUGUAGAGAAUGUGGCAAAUCCUUUCCCAGGAGCUCAAACCUUACAAUGCAUCAGAGAGUUCAUACUGGAGAGAAGCCUUAUAAAUGUAGAGAAUGUGGCAAAGCAUUCAGUGAGUCCACAAAGCUAAAUCGACAUCAACGGGUUCAUACCGGAGAGAAGCCUUACAAAUGCAGAGCAUGUGGUAAAGCCUUCACACAAUCCUCAUCCCUUAAUAAACAUCAGCGAGUUCAUACCGGUGAGAAGCCUUAUGAAUGUAAAGAAUGUGGCAAAGCCUUUAGCCAGUACUCACACCUUUCUGCUCAUCAGGUAAUUCACACGAGGGAGAAGCCUUAUCAAUGUAGAGAAUGUGGCAAAUCCUUUGGCAGGUCCUCAGACAUUACUAGGCAUCAGAGAGUUCACAGUGGAGAGAAACCUUUCAAAUGUAGAGAAUGUGGCAAAGCCUUUUGCAGGUCCUCAAUCCUUACUAAGCAUCAGAGAGUUCACUCUGUAGAGAAUUCUUACACGUGUAGAAAAUGUAACAAAGCCAUUUAUCAGUGUUCCUGCCUUACUGUACAGCAGAGUUCAUACUUGAGAGAAGUCUCACAGACGUGAGGAGCAUGCCGAAACCGGUUUGGCUCAGUGGAUAGAGCAUUGGCCUA